AUGGAAGGUGGUGAAGAAGAAGUUGAACGCAUCCCCGAUGAAAUUUUCAAUCCAAAAAAAAAGCAGUUGCUAGAUAGAUUGAUAAGGGUUGGAUUAAUUCUUGUUCUCCUGAUAUGGGGUACUGUUCUAUUACUAAGGAGUAUACCAUAUCAUUCAAGUAGACCAGAUUCUCAAAAAACAGAUCCCAAUUAUACAAAUGAUGGGAAAUUAAAGGUAUCUUUUGCUAACGUUAGGAAUAAUACGUUUCUACCCAAAUACCAUGAAUUACAAUGGAUCAUUGCCGAUAAAGCGGAAGAAGAUGAUUUAGGUCUUUAUGUUACAUUUAUGAAUGAUAGCUAUGUUGUCAAAUCUGUUUAUGAAGAUUCAUACAAUAACGUUCUUUUGAAGGGAAACACUUUCCUCCACAAUGGUCAAAACUUCACUGUUCAAUCAAUAGUCGCAUCUCCGGAUCUUAAGCAACUAUUGAUUAGAACAAAUAGUGUACAGAAUUGGAGACAUUCCACCUUCGGUUCGUAUUUUGUCUACGACGAAAAAAGCUCAUCCUUCGACCUGAUCGGAAAUGAUUUGGCCUUAGCCAUAUGGUCCCCUAAUUCCGAUGAUAUUGCAUAUGUCCAAGAUAACAAUAUAUACAUUUAUUCUACUACCUCAAAAGAGACUGUGCGGGCUGUUACUAAUGACGGGAGUUCUUUCCUUUUUAACGGUAAGCCGGAUUGGGUUUACGAAGAAGAAGUCUUUGAAGACGACAAAGCUUUGUGGUGGUCGUCAACCGGUGAUUACCUAGCAUUCUUAAAGAUUGACGAAUCAGAAGUUGGUGAGUUUGUUAUUCCCUAUUAUGUUCAGAAUGAUAAAGAUGUGUAUCCGGAAAUGCGUAGCAUCAAGUACCCGAAGAGUGGUACACCGAAUCCUCAUGCUGAAGUGUGGGUAUAUAGUAUGAAGGAUGAAACAUCCUAUCAUCCUAGGAUAAACGGAGAUAAAAAGGAUGAAAGUCUACUGAUCACUGAAGUCACAUGGGUCGGAGAUAGCAACGUCUUGAUCAAGGCUACAGAUCGUUCUUCGGACGUGUUAACAAUAUUUUUAGUAGAUACAAUUGCAAAGACCUCAAACGUUGUAAGAAAUGAAAGUGCUCGCGGAGGAUGGUGGGAGAUUACGCAUAAUACCCUGUUUAUUCCAGCUAACAAGGCUCUUGAUAGACCCCAUAAUGGUUAUGUGGAUAUUGUACCAAUAGAUGGUUACAAUCACUUAGCUUUUUUUGAGAAUAGUAAUAAUUCGUACUUUAAAAAGUUGACUAAGGGGGAAUGGGAAGUGGUCAAUGGCCCCCUUGCCUUUGAUUCAAAGGAGAAUCGUCUCUACUUUAUCUCCACUCAAAAGAACUCGACCGAGCGUCAUGUUUACUGUAUAGAUUUAAAAUCCCCGGAUGAUAUUAUCGAAGUUACAGACACCGCUGAAGACGGUGUGUAUGAUGUAUCCUUUUCUUCUGGCAGAAGGUUUGGUUUACUUACCUAUAAGGGACCUAAGGUUCCGUACCAAAAGAUUGUCGACUUCCAUUCUCACAAAAUUGACAAACACACUGAAGGUAAUGGUUUGGGUGAAACAUUAUACUAUUUGGAGAGGAAUGAGGAAAUAAGCAAAACUUUAGAUGACUAUUCGGUCCCUAAGAAAAUAUUCAAGGAGUUGAAUUUGGGGAAAGACGAAUCGGGAGUCGAUAUAUUGGUGAAUUCGUACGAAAUAUUUCCAAAUGAUUUUGAUGAAACAUUGGAUGGUCAUUAUCCUGUAUUUUUCUUCGCAUAUGGUGGACCAAAUUCCCAGCAGGUCAUCAAAACCUUUUCCGUAGGAUUCAACGAAGUGGUAGCUUCACAAUUAAACGCAGUUGUAGUUGUCGUUGACGGCCGUGGAACUGGGUUUAAGGGACAAAGCUUCAGAGCCCUUGUUCGCGAUAAACUCGGUGAUUACGAGGCCCGUGACCAAAUAUCUGCUGCCUCAUUGUAUAGUUCGCUAAGUUUUGUCGAUUCACAAAAAAUUUCCUUAUUUGGUUGGUCAUAUGGAGGGUACUUAACACUGAAAACCUUGGAAAAGGAUGCGGGAAAACACUUCAAGUACGGAAUGUCUGUCGCCCCGGUGACCGACUGGAGAUUUUACGAUUCUGUUUAUACUGAAAGGUACAUGCAUACUCCCCAAGAAAACUUCGAUGGCUACGUAGAAUCAAGCGUGCACAAUGUCACUGCCUUAGCACAGGCAAACAGGUUUCUAUUAAUGCACGGAACAGGGGAUGACAAUGUUCACUUCCAAAACUCUUUGAAGUUCCUGGACCUUUUAAACCUAAAUGGCGUCGAAAACUAUGAUGUUCACGUCUUUCCUGAUUCGGACCACAGUAUAAGAUACCACAAUGCGAAUGUGAUUGUUUUUGACAAGCUACUGGCUUGGGCAAAGCAUGCCUUCAAUGGGGAAUACGUCAAAUAA